AUGUAAUAAAAGUAAAGACCAAAGUAAUUGGACCCUAUCAAACGUGUAAAGGAUACAGAUCCUGUUGAUUCAGGAAGUCCAUUGUAGUUUUUUAAUUAAAUUUUGUAACCAAAAGAAUCAGAAUAUAAAAGAAAGCAUCAUAAGAAAGAAAGAACUUAAAUAUCAAAAAAGUUGGAAUACGAUAUCUAGGAGGCUCUAAAAUAAACAGAUUACGAUGAAAGUUGAUUUUGUAAAAUAAAUAUAGGAAACAUUUUACAUAGAGCUUGUCUUGAUUAACAAAUCAAACAAAUUAAAGAUAUAAUUGAAGAUUUAGUAGCAAAGAAAGAUGAUGUUGCUCUAUAGGAAUGCCUAGUAAAGUAAGAUAAAUUUCAUUGUUAACCAUUGUUACUAUGUUGUAUUAAGCCAAAAACUUUGGAAUCUGAUUAGAUUAGAAUGUUAUGCAUUUAAUUAUUAUUGAAUCCAUGUAAAGAGAAACCACACAUAAAAGCAGAUGUAAAUUGUUACAAUCCAAGAACAUAAUGGACUUGUUUACAUUGGGCAGCAUAUUAUGGAGAUAAGGAAAGUGUAGAAGUAUUACUUGAAAAUAACAUUCAUGUUUUCUUGCCAGAUUAUAAAGGAUAAUAUGCAGUAGAUUUAGCAGGUAAAAAUAAGUACGAAGAAGUUGUAACUUUAAUAAUAAUGAGGAGUAUUGAAAUAUUGGAUUAUUUAAAAUAUGGAAGUUAAUAAAAAUAUAAAGCAUAUUUUGAGAGUCUUACUCCUGAACUUCUAAAACAUUUAAAUAAUCCAUUAUUUCUAUGUAAAUUAAUUUAUUGGUCAGCAUUAUAUGAAGUAGAUAGUAAGAAUUCAACUUUAUUGUAAUAUAAAAGAGCAUAUUCCUUUUUCCCAUUGUAAAUAUAAUUAUAUUAAUAUAUUUAGUAAAUCUUUGAAAAUGAAAACAGCCUUACAUGCAGCAUGUUAGAGUCAUAAAGGCAAUGAAGAAUUUUUAAGUGAAGCAUUUCAUGUUUUUGAAGAGACUUUAUUUGGAUUCAAUAAUGAUGAUUUAACUAAGAUAAUUCCUCAAAAGAAACCUACACUUUAAAUUAAUACAGUAUUUGUAUUUUCUGAGGAUGAUAUUAAGAAAUAUAGAGAUGAAUUUAAAAAGGAAGUAUUGUAAUUAGCAGAAUGGGAAAAAGAAGUUUUGAAUAAAAUAAAAAUAAUCAAGAAUUAUACUUAAUAAAAGUAAAGAUAGAAAUAUUUUAAUGAUUUUUAUGCAAUAUAUGUGAAUUAAUAGGAUGCUUAUGGUAAUUCACCUUUACAUGUUGCAUCAAUAAAAGCAUUUUAAAAGGGAAUUAAUAUAUUAUUGGAAAAAUAAGCAAAUAUGGAAUUAGAGAAUAAUGAAGUAUUUAAAGCAAGAGAAUUAACAUAAGAUGAAAAUGUGUUAGAAUUGUACAAAGAGAAAUUGUAAAGUAUAACUAGUGAAACUAUUUUAAAUGAACUCAAUUAAACUAUAAUUUAAUAAUUAAUGGGAAUAUUUAAGAAAGAUGCUUAUGAUGAUUAAUUACGUUUGCGAAAUGCUUUAGCUCCUUGUAAUUCUUAAUUAUAUUCUUAGUGUCUAAAAAUGGAGAUACAUAAUAUUAUAAAUUAAUCACAGAACUUAAUUAAUUUUCAUAGAAUCUAUUUGUACCUGAUUUUAUUAUUCGUGCUAGCAUUAAGCCUGAGAAUCUCAAUUAAGAUACUUUAGAGACAGCACCUGCUUUUUUUGAUUUAAAAGAUUAAGAUUGUGCUGAAUUGAUAAGAUUAAACUUUUACAUAUCAUUGUUAUUGAAUGCUAAUUUUGAAGUAUAUUUAAUGAAAUCAUAAUUCCAAUAAGGAUUUUAUUAUAUAAUGUUAUAACAUAAUGAAAAGAAUUUAGAGAAUUAAGCAGAUUUAAUGAAUUUAUAAAUGAAAUUAAUGGAUUCUUAUGAUUUGGAAGAAUUUGAGAAAGUAUUUUAAAAUUUAUAUGAACCUUUUCGAUCUAGAUAGAAAUAAUAAAUUAUAGAGAAACAUUUAACAUAAAUUAAAGAUUUAAAUGAAUAGAUAAAUUCUGGUAUUAUAUAAACAUAUUAUCGAAUGCAUAAGACAGGAGGAAUCAAUAAAAUUAAAGAGAGAUGGUUAGUUAAUAAUAAAUGGUAUCUUCCAACACCAAUAAAUUAGAUAUCUGAAUAUUUAAUGGAAGGUGAGAAUUAGAAUUUUAGUUCAAUUACAAUAUUAAGAUUAUAUUUUGGUGAGAAAAUUUCUUUUUAUUUUGCAUGGAAAUCAUAUAUUACAUGUGCUUUAAUGAUUUUGGCAGUUCCUGGAGCUGCAAUAUAAAUAUAUAUUUUAGUCACAGGAGUAUAUUUUCCAUCUAUACUUCCAUUUUGGGUUUGUUAUGUUUGUUUAUGGUCAACUUUAUAAGUAGAAUUUUGGAAAAGAAAAACAUCAGAAAUUACAACAAGAUGGGGAUGUUUGGAUUUAUUAGAUUCUAAAGAUAAGGGUGAAGUACGUAGAGGAUUUUAAGGUUAUGAAGAAAUAUAUUAAGUAACUGGAGAGUUAACAAAACAUUAAAAGAAAACAGAAACAUUUUUUAAAGUAGUAUUAUCAGUGUUGGUAGUUUUGAUCUUUUUGACACUUUGUGUUUUAUUAUUUGUUGGUGUAAAUCUUAUGGUCAAGAGAUUUGAAGGUUAAAUUAUUAUAACAACAGGACUCAAUAUUAUAUAAGGUGUUGGUAUAUUCGUACUCAAUUUAGUAUAUAAUCAUAUAGUAAUGUUUUUUGCUUAAUAUGAAAAUCAUAAAUAUUAGGAAGACUAUGAGUAAUCUAUUAUUUAUAAGAAUUCAGCAUUUACAUUGUUAAAUUCAUAUUUAUGUAUUUUUUAUGCUGCUUUUGUUAAUAAUAAAGAUUUUUUGGAUCUUUUUAUUUAAUUAGUACCAGUAUUAAUAACAAAAUAAGUGUAAUUUGCAGCUCUGAAAGUUUUAUUACCUAGAGUUCAGUAUGAUUAUUAUGAGAAAUAAUACUUCAAAUAGUAAUAACUAAAUAUUCAAAGAUAAGGGUAAUUGAAUAGAAACAAAGAAGGAUUUAAAGAUAAGGUUGAAACUCUAUAUGAAACAAUAUUUAAAGAGAAGAAGUACACAAUUGAGACAUGUAAAAGAGCAGUUUUGAAAAUACAUGAGAAAGGGAAACCUCCUACAUUAGAGAUGAAUUUAGAUGCAGAUUAAGUGGAAUUAAAUAAUUUAAAAUUGAAUUAUGAAGGAACUUUAGGUUAUUUUAUGGAAGGAAUUAUUGAUUUAGGUUAUAUUACUUUAUUUGCAGCAGCCUUUCCUAUUGGGCCUGCAAUUGCUGUAGUUGCUAAUGUAGCUGAGAUAAGAACAAAAUUAAUAUCAUUUUUGGAAGUCUAUAAGAGACCAGAAUGUUAGAGAUGUGCUGGUAUAGGAGAUUGGUUAAAUAUUAUGUAAUGGAUGGGUAUGGGUUGUGUUUUUUCAAAUUUUGCUUUGUUGUAUGUAAAAUAUAAAGUUGAAACUGUUGAAGUAAUUUAUGGAUAUAGUGGAGAAGAUUAAGAUAUUACUAUUUGGUUAUUCUUUUUGACUAUUGCUAUAAUUUUAAUAAUCAAAUUAGCAUUUUAAUGGUUGAUUCCAGAUAAACCAUAAUGGGUAUUAAAUGAAUUAUAGAAUAUAUAAGAGAAAUAACAUGUAAAUACAGGUUAGAGAGAAGCAUUGAAGAAAACAAAGGUAGAGAUUCAGAAGAAAUAAGAUAGAUUGAGUUAGAGAAGGAAAUAAUUUUAAGAGUCAAAGUAGAAUUGUACUUAGAAAAUGUAAGCAAAAAUAAAUACAAAAAUUGAGAAGGAAACAAAGAUAGAGAGAUUUUUACAAUAAGAAGAAUCAGAAAAAUAAUUAGCAAAAUAAGGAGUUAUAUAAAAGGUAACAGAAAUAGAGAUAAAAUCUGAAAUGGUAACUUAAAUAAGAAUAGGAUUGUUAAGAUAGAAAUUUAUUGAAAUUUAACAUUUUCUAUUAUAAUAAAGAAUUAGAUAAAUAGAUUAAGCUAGAACUAAGAAUAUUUUUUUAUGUUAAGAAUGUUCAUUAGUAGAAGCAGUAUUUGAUUGUGAAGAUUGUGAUGAAAGUUAAUGUUUAGAAUGUUUUAGAAAAAUACAUACUAAAAUGAAGAAUAUUACAACUCAUGAGGUUAUGUUAUUGAAAUCUGCAAAAUAUUAUGAACAUGAAUUAUUAAGUCGUUUAUAAGUAAAAAGAAAAGUUAAAGUAGAUAAUAAGAGUAAUUUAUAAGUGAAAUUAAAUCAAUAAUAGUAGGAUAAUGAAAUUAAAACUAGGAGAUGGUAGAAAUUAUAAAAUUUCUGUUUUCCUAUAACUACUUCAUCUUUAGCAUAUAAUUCUUUACCUACAAUAUUUAAUUUAUUGAAACGUGAAUAUUUAGAUAAUUUAAAUUUGGAUAGAAUAGAAUUAAAUAAUUUUUAUAGAUUUAAAAGAGAAUAAGAGAAAUUUAUUAUGUAUGAAAGUGAGAAUAUAAAUAAGAUAUUGGAGAUGGAGGAAUUAAAUUUAGAAGAGAAAUUAUGGUUGAAUAGAAUUGGAUUUUUAUGUUUUAAAAAGAAUGCUAAAUUUGAACAUUUUUAUGAUUUGGUUAGAAAAUUAUAAAAUAGUAAUUUAGAAAGUAAGUUAAAAUUAGUAGUGGAUUUAGCAGAUGUAGAUAAUGAUGAAUUAAUUACAAAACAUGAAAUAGAAGCUAUAUUUGUACCAUCUAUUGUAUAAGAUUGUGAAGGGAAAUUUUCACUUUAAUAGACUAUUGAAAAUGCAUUCAAUAAACCAUUAAGUAAAUAAAAAGCUAUGGAGAUUCUAUUGAAUUUAAUUAAUUCUAAUGAAUAAUUUAAAGAAUUCUUUCAGCAAUUAACAUAAUGUGAAUGA